AUGAAAGAAUUUUCUGAACUCGUAGACAGUAACGUUUUUGCCAACAAAAAAGUUGCGGUAGUCGAGAAUAGCUAUGCCAAUGCUACAUUUAUGAUAGAAGGACUUUUGAAGCUUAUGAAUUUACGAGAGUUAUUCUCAUUCUAUAAAGAUAAAGCGUACUAUAAUCAUAUAGAAGCGAAAGUCGAGACCAUUUUUGAGUCAGAGUAUGUUUUUGCUGACAACGUGAUUAUUGAUGAUUUUUAUACAGCUCAGAUGCUUUUUGGUAUCAGCGUAAGCACCGGAGUGUGUAUUUAUCGGUCAAAUAGCUUUACCUACAAGUAUGCACGUAAUUUUGAUCUAUUAAUUUUGGUUUCACCGUUGGAAAGCGGUUUUUCAACUGUUUAUGACGGAGUUGUUAGGAUAGUGGAUAGAGACAGGAUAUAUUACGAAUUCAAGUAUAAGAUUGACGGUCACAUCGGAUUAUUGAGAUAAAACUGAUUAUUUAAGUGUUUUACAGAUUGGUCAAUAAUUGUAAGCAGCAUUAACUUUUUGCUGUGUGAUUAGCUUGAAUUGAAAGAUGGGUGUAGAUGUUGCACAUCACACAUGGAUUAAAAGAUUAAUCGAACGUAGUAUAUCAAGCAGGCCCUUUGAAAUUAGUUGCUAUUCAUUUCUCAAACAUUUGAGCGGACU